AUGGCUAUCAGUGUGCCUAAAGUGCUUCUUUUUGGCAGUUCUUCAACACAGUAUGGCUACAGUGAAGACGGUUGCUGGGUGUCAGUAAUAGCUGAUAAGCUUCAAAGGAGAUGUGAUGUCAUCAACAGGGGAUACUCAGGGUACAACACAAGAUGGGCUCGCCUCAUGUUACCAAAACUGGUUACCAAGGAAACAGCCAAUGACAUCGCUGCCAUGGUGAUAUUCUUUGGCGCCAAUGACUCUGUGCUGAAAGAUUUGAAUCCUCAUCAACAUGUCCCGCUGGAGGAGUACCAAGAUAAUUUGUCUUCAAUGAUUACUUAUCUCAAGAGCUGUGGCUUGGGGAGUAAUAGAAUUAUCCUAAUAGGACCUCCCCCUUGUGAUGAACAACACUGGAAAGAGAGAAUGGAUGCUGAGGGUCGACCGCAGUCUAAGUCCCAAGAGCAGACAGCCCUGUAUGCCAAAGCUUGUGAGUCAGUUCACAAAUCUCAUGGUACAGGAUUUGUGGACCUAUAUACUGAUAUGCUGAAGGCAGGCGCAGAAGGAGACAGUUGGAAGUCAUUUCUAAAUGAUGGUUUGCACUUCUCGGCGGCUGGCUCAAAGUUUUUGGCAGAGCGGUUAUGGCAGCAACUGGAAGGCAUAGUCUCUGACAUUGGGAUGAUUUUUCCAGAUUGGAAAACAGUAGAUUAUGUUAAUCCAGAAGCAGUGUUUUCUGCUAUAAAUUAAUAUAGACUCUAUAUAAAUUAUCACCUGUUACCUCAAGAUGUGAUUUAUCUGGACAAGCAUUAUGGAGCAAUUUUUUAAAAUAUUAUUAUAUUAAGAUCUAAUGUGAGCAUCACUUUAACUUGAAUUAAUGCAUUAAUCAAACAAAUUUUCCUGUCCCUUAAUGUCUGAGGCAUUUUAAUUUGCAGUAAAAUGUUCUGUACUAAUA